AUGUCAUUGGAUGAAGUAACCAAUACAGAGCCAGCCUGGAACGUCGUGUUGGAUACUGAACCUAUCUCCAAAGACCCUGACGAUCCAUUCAUCGUGCAUAAAACUACAAAACGAGACGUUUACAACAAUGCAAGAGAGAGAACUAGAUGUGAUUGGCAUGCGACUAAUGAUCAGCCAUUUGAUGUUAUCUUGUGGAAUAAGCAUAAACAUGUUACAGAAACAAGUAUAGCGAAUAUUGCUAUACGAUGUGUUGAAGGAGAAAAGUAUCGGUGGAAGACACCCAAGCUUGAGUGCGGGUUGCUUCCAGGAGUAUUUCGAGCAUUUCUGCUUUUACAUAAUCAAGACUUGAUUGAAGAUGUGAUAACAGUAGAUGAGCUAAAGGAUGCUCAAAAGAGAGGAGAUCCCAUUGUUUGCUUUAAUUCUGUAAGAAAACUGUAUAAAGUAAAUCUAUUGGAUAACUAG